UCGUCUCUCUUCCCAACCCGACCGACCGCAAGUCGCAACCACAACCCCCCCUCGUCUGUACCACCAAACCGACCGACCCAAUGGCAUCCUCCCUCCCCCGCCAAGCCUUCCGCCUGGCUUCUUCUUCUUCUACCUCUUCCACCACCGCCGCCCUCCGCGCCGCCUCCGCGACCUCUCGUCGUUGCGCCUCUACUCUCCAGAACACUACCGCUCGUCGCAGCACUCAGUGGACUUUCCCUAAGAACGGUUCUGGAAAGAGAUCCUACAGCAACCUCCCACCUGGCGGUUCUCCUCCCCCUAGGGAAACAAAUAAGAUCAACUUCUGGCCUUUUGUGGCUGUGAUUGCGUUGACAUCGGGAGCGUAUAUGUUGUUGGUUAAUCGGAGAAAGGACAUGCCUCCCAACCCCUCCUCCUCCUCCUCCUCCUCCUCCGCCGCCGCCGCGGCCCCCUCCACUUCCUCCACCCCCGCCUUCUCCCCCACCGACGUAACAGUAAUCUUCGUCCUCGGCGGCCCGGGCGCCGGCAAAGGCACGCAAUGCGCCCGCUUGGUCUCCGACUACGGCUUCACCCACCUCUCAGCCGGCGACCUGCUUCGCGCCGAACAAGACCGACCUGGCUCCCAAUACGGCCAGCUGAUCAAAGAUUACAUCAAAAACGGGGCCAUCGUGCCCAUGGAAGUGACCAUUGCCCUUCUUGAAAACGCAAUGCGCGACACCCUUUCUGCCACCAAAACCAAUGGCAAGGGUAGAUUCCUAAUCGACGGAUUCCCCCGCAAGAUGGAUCAGGCGGUGAAAUUCGAAGAGGUCGUCUGCCCGGCCAAGAUGGUGCUGUUUUAUGAUUGUCCUGAACAGGAGAUGGAGAAGAGGCUGUUGGAGAGGGGCAAGACGAGUGGGAGGGCGGAUGAUAAUGCGGAGAGUAUUCGGAAGCGGUUCAGGACGUUUGUGGAGACCAGCAUGCCGGUUGUGGAUUACUUUGAGAAGCAGGGGAAGGUGGUCAAGGUUGAUUCGACGCCGGGGCCGGAGAAGGUUUAUGAGGAGACGAGGGAACGGUUGAGGAGGGUUUUUGGGGAUAAGUUUUAGGAGGUGAUUGUUGUUCUUAAGGACAAGAAGGACGAGAUAAUGGGUGAGAUGAGGGACAUAAGAAGACUUGGUUUAUGUGAUGGUGCUCGUUCCAUAAAAUAAAACUUUAUAGUACUAUAGAAAGGGAGCGAUGG